UGAUUUGGCACCAAGCAAACCAACGCCAACUCGCAACCGCCAUCAACAUCAAAGCCACUCUCCUCUACCGGCUCUGUGUAAUAACCCGUAGCCACCGGCGAGAUCAAUCCCGAGGCGUGAGCAAUCACAAGGGGAAAUUGGAGAAGGGGAUCUCUGUAAUCUGAGGACUGUUUUAUAGUGUUGGCCUUGGGCUGUGACUCGGCAAAUGGGCUUGACAAUCUUGGGCUUCUCUUGGAUCGUGGAAUCAUGACACACUGCAAUCCGCGGCUUUGCGCCAGUCAUGCGUAUCUUCGUGCUCUCCGGCCAGAGCAACAUGGCCGGCCGCGGCGGCGUGCACCACCGGCGCUGGGACAGCGUGGUGCCGCCGGAGUGCGCGCCGGACCCGUCCAUCCAACGCCUCUCCGCGGCGCUGGACUGGGAGGAAGCCCGGGAGCCGCUCCACGCCGACAUCGACACCACCAAGACCUGCGGCGUCGGGCCCGGGAUGGUCUUCGCCCGCGCCGUUCUCCCGUGCCUGCAGGAGGACACCCCCGGCGAGGGGGCCCGGACCGGGAUCGGGCUCGUGCCGUGCGCCGUCGGCGGGACGGCUAUCCGGGAGUGGGCUCGCGGGGAACGCCUCUACGAGCAGAUGGUGUGCCGGGCGCGCGUCGCGGCCCGGUACGGCGAGAUCGAGGCCGUGCUGUGGUACCAGGGGGAGAGCGACGCGGAGUCCGCCGCCGCAGCGGCGGCGUACUACGGGAAUAUCGAGAGGCUCAUCGCCAAUGUCAGGGCGGAUCUUGGGAUGCCGCAGUUGCCUUUUAUUCAGGUUGCUCUUGCAUCCGGCGAUAAAAGGAACAUCGACAAAGUGAGGAGUGCUCAAUUUAGCGUUAACCUGCCCAAUGUUGUAACUGUCGAUGCCAUGGGUCUUGCGUUGAACGAAGAUAACAUGCAUCUUACCACUGAGUCACAAGUAAAGCUUGGUAACGUGCUUGCAGAAGCCUACAUCAAGAACUUCUUAACAACAACUUGUUAGGUGAAUGCCAUUAGGCUGUUCCCAUCUUCAAUCCACAGUGAAUAUGUUUGACAAAGGCACUGCAGUACAAGACAGCAAGACAAUCAUGUGCUCAAGAUCCUGAUCAAAGAAUAUUCGGGAAUUCACCCUAGAGCCUCAAAACUCAUGUAUUAUGUAUGUGUAUAAUAUUUCAAAUUCAGUUCAUGACGUUUCCCUCCCUAUGUAAAAUAAUUGCUACCCGUUGAGUUUCUACUAGUUCUAUGUUGCGUAGGAAUUUGCUCAAAUUCACGUGGAGCUGAAUUAUUUCUUGCAAAACUGCUUUUUUAAUGCGGAAAUGAGCUGUUAAAUGUCACAAA